AUGGCAAGCAAAUACAUCACUCUCGUUUCCAGCGAUGGCUUUGAAUUUGUUGUUCUCCGUGAUGCCGCUAUGGUCAGCCCCAUCAUCAAAGGCAUGCUCGACGUGAGAAGUCAAUUCGCUGAGGCCAAAGAGGCUCGCUGUGUUUUCCAGGAGAUGAGCGCCAUGGUCCUCGAUAAGGUUGUCGAAUACUUUCACUACUGGUAUCGCUACCGUAAUAGCGAAGAUGUCCCCGACAUGGAUAUCCCAGUCGAGCUUUGCCUCGAGCUGUUGGCCGCGGCGGAUUACCUGGGCCUGGACCAGGCGAACAUGAGCAUGAAGUGA